CUCCUUUUUUUGAAAGGGGUAAGUGAAGAAGACAGAGGGUAUUUUAUCCCCUUAGUCUCUUUUUUUUCUUCUCUUUCUUUCUUUCUCUCUCAUUCUUCAACUCCAUCAUCUCUUUUGCUCAUUCACAACUCUACAGACAACAUCAACUAGACCAUGGCCGAUAACACUGACAAGACACGCGCUUCCGAGGAGCUCGAGACCUUUUUGAAGCAUCGUCCUGACCGGGAGGAGCUCGUUGAAAAGAACAUCCUCAAAGAUUCUCAUGUGGCCCCCGCAUUGCAGAGGAAAGAGGAGGAGCUGAAGCGCUCACAGCUGGAAGAUUUGCUCAACACAAAGAUCACUCAGCGUCCUACAGUUGAAGCCCUUGUGGAGAAGCAUAUCCUUGAGGCAUAAGCGUCAACUUGGCUGGCGAUAACAUUCCCAUAGGAUUUCUUAUCUCUUUACUUGUCUCCCUUUCUCUCUUUUCUG